AGGAUGAGCAAAACAAAAGACUCUGGGUUGGAGGAGAGACCCAAAUGGGACAACAAGGUUCAGUAUCUGUUGACAUGUAUUGGCUUUGCAGUGGGAGUUGGAAACGUCUGGCGUUUUCCUUACCUGUGCCAAAUCUACGGAGGAGGUGCAUUCCUCAUCCCCUACCUGAUAGCGCUGGUGUUUGAGGGUCUCCCUCUGCUCUACCUGGAGCUGGCUAUAGGACAGAGGCUCCGCAUGGGCAGCAUCGGUGUCUGGAACUCCAUCUCACCGCUACUGGGUGGAGUCGGAAUUGCCUCCAUGUUGGUGUCGUUCCUGGUGAGCAUUUUCUACAACACACUCCUGGCCUGGGUGCUCUGGUACUUCUUUCACUCUUUCCAAAACCCCCUGCCCUGGAGCCAGUGUCCACUCAACGAUAACCUCACAGGCUUUAAUGUGGAGUGUGUGAAGAGCACACCAGCAAACUACUUCUGGUACCGUGAGACCCUGAACAUCACACCUGACAUCGACACCAGCGGCUCUCUGCAUUGGUGGCUGGUCGUCUGUCUGGCCAGCGCCUGGUGUGUGGUCUACAUCUGCUUCAUCAAAGGCAUCGAGUCCAUGGGGAAGGCUGUGUAUGUGACCACCACAUUCCCUUACCUGGUGCUGACUAUUUUCCUGAUCCGUGCCCUCACUCUGCCUGGAGCUACUGAUGGACUGGUGUACCUCUUCACUCCUGAAUGGGAGAUACUGAAGAACCCUCAGGUGUGGCUGGACGCUUUCACCCAGAUCUUCUUCUCUCUGUCUCUGGCCUUCGGAGGACUCAUAGCUUUCUCCAGCUAUAAUGCAGAGAAAAACAACUGUGAGAGGGAUGCUGUUCUAGUGGGAGUAAUAAACAGUGCCACAUCUCUCUACGCCUCCAUUUCCAUCUUCUCCAUCCUGGGAUUUAAAGCUACCUCCGCCUACAACUCCUGUAAUAAGGAAAACAUCUUGGCUCUGACGAACCACUUUGAGAUUUCAGACCAGAACAUAACAGUGGAGAACUACGAUCACUGGUUAAAGUAUCUGAACGGUUCAUCUCCAGGUGACGUGGCAAGUUUGGACCUGAGGCCCUGUGACCUGCAAACAUUUCUUGACCAGAGUGCUUCAGGUACCGGCUUGGCUUUUAUUCUGUUGAGCGAAGCAGUGAUAGAGAUGCCGGGCUCGCAGAUAUGGGCCAUACUGUUCUUCGUCAUGCUCUUCAGCUUGGGUCUCUCCUCCAUGUUUGGCAACAUAGAGGGAGUCCUCACGCCCAUCAACGACCUCAAACUAAUUCCCAAGUGGAUCCCUCAUGAACUCGUAACAGGUACCUUCUGCUUGGUAGCCUUCUUGACGGCUCUCAUCUUCACCCUGGGUUCGGGAAACUACUGGUUUGAAAUCUUCAACAGCUACGUGGGCUCCAUACCUCUGCUCAUCAUCGCAUUCUUUGAGAUUACUGGAGUCGUUUAUGUCUAUGGAAUGAAAACUUUCAGUGAAGACAUCUUUUUCAUGACUGGGAAGAAGCCCAACAUCUUCUGGAAGGCAUGCUGGAUGUUCAUCAGUCCUUUCUUGCUCCUGGUGGUGUUGAUCGCCUACGUGGUCGUCCAGGCACAGAAACACCCAACCUAUCCUACAUGGAACCCAGCUUACGAACUUUUCCCACAAACUGAAGUGAAGCCGUAUCCAGACUGGGUGUUUGCCAUCAUCAUCCUCCUCUGUGUACUACCUGUGAUCUCCAUCCCUCUGGUGGCUCUCUACAAACUCAUCUGCUGUGGAAUCAAGAAGUCUUCUGCUCCUGCUCAACUUAAUCCCUACUGCAAUGAAGGAUUUGAGGUUGAAACACGGGAACAGGAGAACCAGUAACAAUGUUACUCCACAGAAACUGAAACAAUCCUCCUGAUCAGUGUCGAUGCUUCGGUGGAACUUCACCGGACGGCUGACAUGUAGUCAUGCUGAACUGUAAUA